UAUUUAGUUUAACACGAUUUUAAAGAUGGCCGUCUUAAAUGAGUUAGGCUUGAUUGGUACGAUCAACGACGACGAUACCGUCGAUUUGGCUGUGGAGAGCAGCGAUAGCGACGAUGAGGAUGCUGUUAAAAUUGCAAAGAAGAAGAAAAAGAACAAGAAGCAAACGGAAGAAUUCAAUACAAGUUUUGUCUUUGCCAAUGAAAAGGAUUUGCAUGCAGCAUUUAGUGUAGAUUAUGGCUUAAAAAUUCAGCAAAAAAGACAAGAUGAAACAUCCUUAGAUGAAAAAAUUGCAAAGGCACGAAAGAAGAUAAAGAGGGAAAACAAAGAUGAAGAUGUUGAGAGUGAAGAUGAGGAGAUGGAAGAGGAUAUCUCCUCUGAUGAGGAAAUGAUGACAGAUACUGUCAGAACAAAAGAGAAAAGGAAAAAGAAACAACGGAAAAAGAAGCAAGAUGAUGAAAGUGAAGAGGAACAGGAAAAGAUUGAGUUUUCAGAAUGUAUUGAUACAUUUGACGACCGUGUCAGCUUCCAUGAUAUGAAUAUUUCCAGGCCACUGAUGAAGGGGCUGGCCGCCAUGAACUUUGAGAAGCCGACACCCAUUCAGGGAGCCACAAUACCUGUGGCACUGCUGGGCAAGGACCUGUGUGCUUGUGCUGUUACUGGAUCUGGUAAAACUGUGGCAUUUAUGCUGCCAAUCCUGGAACGACUGUUGUACAAACCGAAGCAGGACGCCGUGACACGUGUUAUCGUCAUAGUCCCCACACGAGAACUGGCUAUCCAGGUGUUCACUGUUGCCAAGCAACUGGCCCGGUACACACACAUACAAAUCACACUAUCCACAGGUGGGUUGGACCUGAAGGCACAGGAGGCAGCACUAAGACUGAAUCCAGACAUUGUCAUAGCCACACCUGGACGACUCCUCGACCAUCUACAGAACUCGCCCAGCUUUGGUCUCCACGGUAUAGAGAUCCUAGUCCUUGACGAGGCAGACAGAAUGCUGGAUGAAUAUUUUGCGGAGCAGAUGAAAGAAGUUAUCCGACAGUGUUCACGUACGAGACAAACAAUGUUGUUUUCAGCUACCAUGACAGAAGAGGUAAAAGACCUGGCUGCUGUUUCUCUGAGGAAUCCUGUCAAAAUCUUUGUGAAUGAAAGUACAGAUGUAGCUCUUGGUCUGCGUCAGGAGUUUGUAAGGAUACGCCCCAACAGGGAGGGUGACCGUGAGGCCAUUGUAGCAGCCCUGGUGAGCCGAACAUUUCGUGACCAGUGUAUUGUGUUCAUACAGACAAAGAAACAGGCACAUCGUAUGCACAUAAUACUUGGACUGCUAGGGGUGAAUGUAGGCGAGUUACACGGCAAUCUCUCACAGGCACAGCGAUUGGAGACUCUUAAAAAGUUCAAGGCUGGUGAGGUGGAUGUUUUGUUGGCUACAGAUUUAGCAGCCAGAGGUCUGGACAUACAGGGCGUGAAAACUGUGAUAAAUUUUACGAUGCCAAACACGACCAAGCAUUACGUUCACCGAGUGGGAAGAACAGCUCGUGCAGGACGUAAGGGCAGAUCUGUGACAUUGGUUGGUGAACAGGAGAGAAAGGUACUCAAGGAAAUUGUCAAACAGGCCAAAGCUCCACUGAAGACCCGGAUAGUUCCUCAAGAGGUAAUCACCAAGUACCGGGACCGAAUAGGGCGCCUUGAGAAGGAGGUUGCCAAGAUAGAGGAACAAGAGAAGGAAGAGCGCGAACUUAGGGCCACAGAAAACCACAUGAACAAGGCACAGAACCUCAUCAAUGCGGAGGGGGAGGCGGCCCCUAAAAGGGGCUGGUUCCAGACGCAUAAGGAGCGUAAAGAUGAAAAAGAGACUUUAAGACUAGGAAAAUUUUCUGGAACUGGAACUAACAAAAAGAUGGCAAAGGAAAAGAAGACAUCUGAGGACAGAGUACUCCACGAGAUUUCAAAGUCACAGCUCUUCUCCACCAAAUCUAUUAAAAAAUCAUUCAGGCCGCAGAAACUGAGAGUCCACUACGACGACGACGAAACAUCAGGUCAAUCUAAGAAGAAAAAUAAAGGACAGAAAAGGAAGUCGGCCUUCGAUCGGGAACUCACAGACACUGGCAAAUCUGCUGUUAAGAAGUUCAGGGCCGGUCCCUCAUACCAAGAAAGGAAAGAGAUGGGCAUGAAAAAAAGGUCAAUGGGUAAUCAGAAAAACAGUUUUGGUAAAAAGAAGAAGAGAUGAUGAGAAAAGGCUGAAUUUGUGAUCAUUAUUAUAUUAUAUAUCAUUGGACAACUAAUAAAUUGUUCGAAUCAA